AUUUCCGAGUCUACUAUAAAUAGGAAAGUGCCACUACUAGUUAAAUGCUGUGAGUUUUCAUUGCUGCAAAUUUUGUUCAAAAACAUUAUAAAAAGAGCAAUGCGACAAACGAAGAACGAAACGUGUUUGGAGUUACGUUGUUUGUCAUACAUAUAACCUACUAGAUUGAAUGUUUAUAUCGACUUGGCGGAGUUGACAAGCCAUUGGUGCAUAAGACAAGAUGUAAGUUAAAAAUCAUGGGAAUAAAUGUAACACGACCAUAAUUGUAGCUCCAUAUGGAAGGAAGACCUGCUUGGCCAUAAAGCACGGGAGAUCUAUAAUUACAAUUCUGAUAAUAUCGUGACAGACAAAAUUACUCGGAAAACCAGCAUGGAUAUGUUCUUCAUUUUACAAGACGUGCACAAAUGUUUGCUGGCGGGAAAGCGUCCAACGAAGGGAAGUCACGAAGUGGCAUCGAUGUUGUGCUCAGUUAUCUGUGAAAGCUGGCCCGAGACUUGUUUGCUUUGCCAGACGGCCGGUUCAUGUGAGCAUGAAAAUAGCAACUAUCAGACCUUGUCAGCGCGGUUCCAUCCCUGCACCAACGGGGAAGGACAGAAAAGAAAGGAAAUCGUGUGCUUUGCACUCAGUCUGCUGGGAAGCACGAGUACCAAACUGCUCUCUGGGAGCCAAAGUGACCAAACGAGGCUUUAUUGCAAGGAAGUUUUGAUAAACGCACUGGAAGACUUCUCUCUUUCUUCGAAGCUUGUCACCUUUUUUGGUGUCCAGGACCGAUUAUUAUCACACUUUGCUGUUAGGUGUAUAUCAUCAGUCAUUCUUUUUCAGCUCCAUGAGUCUAAUUCACUUGACAGUGUUUGGCAGGAAAGGUAUAUACAAAUCCUUCAGAAUCCACACCCUGACAAUGAAACAGUCUGCUCUUUGUUGACCAUCACUACCGUGAUAAAAGGAGUUUUGACGGGAAUGUUUACACACAAGAAAGAUGCACUGGAGCAACUGGUUAUCUCACUGGAUCCAGUUUUUCCUGGUUUAUAUUCUGGAAUUCUCACCUGGAUUGAACGGGAGCCUGCCAAACCAGUGUCAUGUGCAAAUGACACUUUUGACGUGGCAACAAACCUGGUAGCUGUUUUGGAUUUACUUGAGGUGCUUGUUGCCGUAAGACUCAAUCUGAAGAUCUGCUCAUUGAGCCAGAGGCUGGUCUUCCAGCAGCCAUCCGUGGCCCUGCAGGUGAUCUGUUCCCCCGUUCACUACCUUGUGCAAAAGAGGACGCUUCUGCUCUUGAAGGCAUGCCUGCUCUUAAAGACAGGAGAUGACUUUAUGACAGGAGGGGCGGAGCUUUCGCUAAAUGGGGAUGGUCACAUGACCUCCGACAUCCUGGCUCUGGCAAAUGCAGUGCUGAAUUCGGUGGCUGCUGGUUGGCUGCUGCGUGUCCCAGUGAGCAGCAAAGCUGCCUACUUUGGUGGAAACAGUCUGUUGAGUCGUUCUGGACCGGAUUUUGUAAUGCUAAGGUCGACAAGCCUGGUGCUACUCAAAUCUCUGGAAUACAGAAUCCUAUACGAAAAGGAGGAAGCAGGUCUGGAUCCUGCUGUGGGUCCCCAGUCCUACUUGCAUUCUCUGAUGCUUUUUGUGAACCAGCACCUUUCCGGGGCGUGGUUGCUGGGCCACUCCUGCGCCUGGGUCUCCGUGGUGUUUGGGGAGCAGGAUGACGACAUGUUCGAGGCGGCCAGGAUUGUACUGAGCUUGUAUUUACAUCAGAGGGGGUCGAGCGGAAUCUCAAACCCGGCGGCUUGUGACACCGGCUGCAACCCUCACUGUUGCUUCAUCUAUCUGCUCAGAAGCAUCGCAUUCGACCACAGCGUCCUCCUUGACUUUCUCAUCUCCACGGAAACCUGCUUCCUGGAUUAUUUUGUGAGAUAUCUGAAGCUGCUGAGAGACACCUGGGAGGACUUUGAGCUCGCCUGCCAGUGCAUCGAGGCCCGGGAGCCAGUGAUGGAGGCGAAGGCUGCCACAUGUGGAAGUGAAACGCUGGCAGCUGUUGAUGGCAGUAUGGCCUCGGUGGGCUGUCCCAAGGCGGCAGGUAUCCCCCUUAAUUGGGGUGGGGCUUCAGGUAGCUGGGCUACACCUUCAGUUGGUGGAGCCACCCAGGCCUUACUCCGCCCUUUAGUGAACUACGCUAGCUCAGAUGAAUCUGACUCAGAAGUGCCAAGUGCUCACUGUGUCCCAAUUGUUGGGAACAUGACCUCCCAUCCCCUGGAGUUUAGCAAAGUGGGCGGUUGCUCUGUGGGUCUUCAUGACCGCAUACAGGAUGAGGUGCAAGAGGAUCAGUCGACAACUCCUAGGAUGUGCAGGAGGGCAGCCACGUGCCUGACUGAACUGGGCAAAGUUAUCUUCAGGCUCCGAAAACGAAAACUGUUCCCCUACAAGCCUGACUCGCUCCUGAAACUGCUAACGGGGAUCGGGGCUAAUCUGGAACGGCAUUCUGAUAAAGCCCCUUUGGACUCCUGUCCCUGCGAUACCAGCGUGAACAUUUUGUCGGACAAUCAGUAGUAUCCACUAGAUAAGACAUCAGCUGAUGUUUUUAUCUUAAUCUGGUGUGUUGAAUUAAUGACAAAGUGCAAUAAUAUGUUUAAUAAAUGGAGCCUUGACAUUUGGUUACCAUGGCAAAAUACAUUUUACUGCUCUGACUACUUUUGAUAAAAAGUAAUAAAUAUUUUUUUGUAUCACAA